UAUAUCCUUAUUUAAAACAAUCUGUAUUCUUCAGAACCAUGGCCACAUCUAAGAACAAAGUACAGAAGUCUGUAUCGUGUGAUGACGUUUUUAAAAAUGCUACUCCGAUUGAGAUGGCACAAUAUUUGCAUACAUGGGCUGUAGAAGAGAUGGGAUUGCAUACAAACCCAGGAAUGAAAAUGGCAACUGUGGAACAGCUAUCAUGGAUUACUCGUGGUAGUAUGCAGGACAUUUGGAAGUUUGUACUCAACAAUGUAAAGUCUCGACAAACAGUACAAAAAGUCCAAGGAAACCUGAUGCUACAUGGUAAAAAAGAACACUGCAGGCAAAGAGAACAAUUCCUUGAAAAGAAAAAACAAUUAUUGUCUAAAUUGAAUGUUGAUAGGAGAGAUGUGGAAGUAUUGGAAGGUGAAGUAAGCAGCAAUUCACAUUGUAGCACUUUGUACUUUAGUAAACAGAAGAGGAGUCCAGAUGACAACUCGGCAGCAUUAGAAACUGCAUGUGGGAAAAAUGUUCGUGAGUCAUGUAAAGCUAUUGCGUCUUUCCGACAUCAACUGCUAAAAGGCCAGUUCACUGAGAGUCAUAUUCU